AUGGUCGGAAAGUCACAAGAUAUCCGGGGUUUCUUCCAACGGAGUUCGCAGCCGGAGCCGGAGCUCAAAUCACCGUCUCCCCAACCCGUCGUUUCUUCCGAAUCAUCGGCACUUUCUUCAGCCCCGCCAUCGCCUGCCUCACGUGCUUCAACCAAACGAGCCCGCUCCCCAACACCCAUCACGACCUUGCCGCCAUCCAAAAGGUCUUGUUCUUCAACCCCAGUAGAUUCUCAUUUCCGCCGCAGCACCCCACCCCAACAAUCCAACCCGGCAACUCGGCCCCGUGAUGCAGUCAUCGCCGCCUCAGAUGAUGAAGGGUCCGACUCAUCGGACUCUCUUGAAGACGUCACUGCAAUAUGGCAGCGCGUUAACCCAAAUGCUGCUGCUGCCGCUGCCGCGCCCGCUCGCCCACCUGUGGCUGCGGUUACCACCCCACCGCGGGCAAAGCGGCCUGCAGUUGCUACUACGCCCCUCACCAUUCGUGCUAAGCGUAUGAUGGCCGAGAAUCAAAAGUAUAACUUGGACGCCCUGAAGCGUUUGACCCAGGCAGACCUGGAAGCUGAUGCCAGUCAAAAGAGAGUUUCUGAUCUACUCCGGAGUAGCCGUGAGAGCAGCGCCGAGCCUGAUGUUUUUGAAGAGCAGCUGGCGAGCUACGAGGCCGGAGAGGAUGGUAAGGGCAAGAUUGGCAAGCAGAGAAUGCGUACAGCCAUCAAGAGGGUUGAGGCGCAUUCUGCCAGUCAAUGUUACUACUUUUUCGAGCAAAGUCUCCUACCAGCGACCUCGAAGCAGCUAGGGAAGGAGAAGUUUCCUACAAAUGCUGCCACGGGAUGCUGGGAAUUCUUGAAGAAUUCAAAACAAAGAUCACGUCAUUUUCUGUCUGGUCUGCCACAACAGUUGGCGAAACGACAGCACGAUCUCCCGUCAGAGCUUUUUUUCUGGAUUAUGCGACAAUUGCCUGUUGAAGAGAACAAAAUGCUCCGUCAUCAAUACAUCCUCACAGCUUCUGCAGCAGUAGCAACCACUGAACUCGGGCAUGAUAUUGAUGAUGACCUCCUUCGAGAACUGCUGAAGGGUUUGGGCAGCAAGCCCAGUAGCGUUGACGCGAUGCUUGCGAAACUCCCUCUCGAGGAUGAGCUCAAUGAGCCAUAUCCCCAUGCUGACUGGUCGCGUGUGAUAUCAUUCCUGGAUCUUCUAUCGGCAGUGGUCUCGGCUAGGAAACCUGGUACACCCCCUAGCCUUACCUUGACUGCGACUACCAAAGCAACUCAAAUCCUGCUUCGUCUAGGUCUGGACAAAGCGAUUAUGGACAACACAGAUGUGAUGAGCAGCUAUCGUUCUGCUCUCGACUGUCUCUUCGAUAGCGUCUUGGAGGGAGACUGGGACGAUUUCUGCUACGAAGCGAGUAAAUCUUUGUACAGGAGCGUUGAAACUGCCCACCUCCGUUGGCAACCACUUUCAUACAUUGUAGGAGAAACCCCCCGCUCUCAUGAUUUCAGGCGCAGACUUGCACUGGUCUUCCUGUUCGAUUCUGUGGCAUGCGCCCGUCAGGCACCAAAACAAUCGACAAAUCUGUCGGCAAUCAUUGACCAUGUGGGAUCAACUUUGAACAUCCGUAACGACACCAACUAUGAAGAAACUGCAGCCUUGUUAAGGCUACUGGAUAUUGCCAUAGAUGAUGGAUUUGGUCGGAAACAAGCCAAUUUCGACACCCAGGUUGAUGAACUUACAGCUGCACUCAAGUCAAUAUGGAGCAACAUCAUUGCAACGGGAGGCGGUCACAGUUCCAGGCUAGACGCCAAAACAUUAGCCGAAUGGAUCCCAGAUAGGCUCAAGUAUACUGUACGCACACGACGUCCACCCAAGUCAAAUAUCUACAGUACAGAGGAGGAGAAGCCUGCUGGACAAGACAUCAGGAAAAUGUUUGGUGCAAGAUUAGGGGCGAUUGUGAAGCGGGAAGACACAAUUCACGUGAAGACGGAUACCAAGACUGAAAUAGGAUGA